AUUUUCCUGAUGUCGGUCACAGUGUUUCCCGUUCGGUUGCUGCUCGUCUCCUCCCUCAUGUUUCUGGGCUGGCCGUUCGCCUUCAUAGCCUCCAUGGGACGCUCCGAUUAUAUCAUGGAGCCUCAGUCGUGGUGGAGAAGGUUUGUAGAUGUGUGUCUUCGAGCCAUCAUGCGGGCCUUGUGGUUUUGUUCAGGUUUCCAUUGGAUAAAAGUGAAAGGAGAGCGAGCGAAACCUUCAGAAGUUCCAAUUCUCACGAUGGCCCCUCACUCCUCUUACUUUGAUGCCAUCCCGGUCACCAUGAACAUGUGCUCCAUCGUCACCAAACUGGAGAGCAGGAGCAUUCCCGUCUGGGGAACUCUGAUCAGCUACAUCAGGCCGGUGUUCGUGUUUCGCUCGGAUCAAGCCUCCAGAAGAAAGACUGUGGAGGAGAUCAAGAGGAGAGCCAAUUCUGGAGGGGAGUGGCCCCAGAUCAUGAUAUUCCCAGAGGGAACGUGCACCAACAGGUCGGGGCUCAUCUUGUACAAAGCUGGUAUGUGUUCAAACCCCUUCUGGUUUCAAGAGAUGGCAAAA